UAAAAGCUCACCGUGAGGGGAGAGAGAGUUAGUGUCUUUGGGAGUUCCGGACCAAAUUGUGGAGUGGCAGGGCUGUUAUGGACUAAGGGGGAAGAAUCACGAGGAAUGUAAGGCCAAAGGACGCUUCCAGGCUAUGUGACAGGGGCAGGAGAAAAGAGCCGUUGCCUGCUCGGAUCGAGUAUGUGCGAGAGAUUGGGAGCUAGCGCUCUGACUGACUGACCGACCGACCGGCUGGGGAGGGAAGGGAAGGUGCCAGGCAAGGCAAGGCAAGAGGGCGAGGCUCGUCUCCUGCACGCGUAAAGAGCCACCGAGUUGGGACACCGCGUCACUUGCACCGAGAAGUCAGGUUUUACAAAGGAGGGACCGGGCACCUGACAGAAAAGGUAUUUUGUUCUGAAUUGGGAGUUGGGUGUGCUGCAAUACUUUGUAAACGAGCAAUGCAAAGGUCAGAAGCCACGAGGAGUUCUACAUUUGUCUGGUGCAUUGAUCUCUCCCAGUGAUGAAGUUUCCCACAUGUUUAUAGUCCAAGCUGCCAGUGGUGAGGUGUAUAAACUCAGAGCAGGGGAUGCCAAAGAGAGACUCUAUUGGGUGAACCAGCUUCAAGCCUCUGCCAGACACCACACAGAAAAUAAUGCCAAGACUACUCCUUCGAUAAGAGCUAGAAGUUUAUCUUUACUUCCUCCUGGGGUAUCAAACCCAGCACCUCCUGGUAGCCAGAAACACCUGACACACAGUGGGCCAGGAAUUGUCACUAUUACCCAUCACAAGUCUCCUGCAACUGCCCGACGUGCCAAGAAUCAGUGCCCAGGCCGUCUUUUAGAUGUUAAAGAGAUGAUGAACCAGGCAGAAGGACAACAGAAGAGUCUUGUGCAUUCAAUAGAAUCUCUCCCGCCUUGUGGGCCUCUAUCUGCAUUGGAUCAAGAUUUGCUGCUUUUGAAAGCUACCUCAGCUGCUACCAUGAGCUGCCUUGGUGAAUGCUUGAACAUUCUACAACAAAGUGCACAGCAAGCAGCCCAGCAUAGUAAAAGAUUGUCAACAGAUAGUGUGUUAGGAUGGCAGGGACCAAGGUCUCGUUCAGCCGAACAGCUGAAGAACGGAAAUGUGUGUUCUUCACCUUCUAUGCCUUCAAAUAAUCUAAACAGUGUGUGGUCUGCAACACCCAGUCAGGUCAAACAAGGGCUGCAGCAACCCUCUGAGCAACAAAAUCCUGAAGUGAUAAAUCCUGAAGAUGAGAUUACAGACACUGAGGAGAAUGUAGAGGAAGACUUGGGAGUCAUGGAUGAUCAACGUAGCGUUAUCCUACACCUUCUUUCUCAAUUGAAACUCGGCAUGGAUCUUACUAGGGUGGUGCUUCCAACUUUUAUUUUAGAAAAGAGGUCACUGCUGGAAAUGUAUGCAAAUUUCAUGGCCCAUGCAGACAUGUUUGUGUCGAUCACUGCUGGUACCACAGCUGAAGAGCGCAUUAUCAGUUUUGUGGAAUAUUACCUGACUGCUUUCCAUGAGGGCCGAAAGGGAGCGGUGGCAAAGAAACCUUAUAAUCCAAUAAUUGGAGAAACUUUCCACUGUUCUUGGGAUGUGCCGAAAGAUAAAGUAAAAGCCAACAGAGCCAACGGCACUUUAACCAUGGGCAAGGAUCAGCCCAAGACCCAACAAGCCAUCGAGUCCAGCGAAGACCCAACAGAAUGCUACAAAGUGAGAUUUGCAGCAGAACAAGUUUCCCAUCAUCCACCGGUUUCUGGUUUUUACUGCGAAUGCAAAGAGAGGAAAAUUUGUGUGAAUGCACAUGUGUGGACCAAGAGCAAAUUCAUGGGGAUGUCCAUAGGGGUCACCAUGGCAGGGGAAGGUGUCCUUUUCCUUGGGGAGCAUGAUGAAGAUUAUGUUUUUACACUGCCAUGUGCCUAUGCACGUUCGAUACUUACAGUCCCCUGGGUAGAACUGGGGGGUAAAGUCAGCAUUAACUGUGCCAAGUCCGGUUACUCUGCUGCUGUCACAUUCCAUACAAAGCCUUUCUAUGGAGGGAAGGUGCACAGAGUUACAGCUGAAGUGAAGCAUAAUCCGACAAAUACGAUUGUAUGCAAGGCACAGGGAGAAUGGAAUGGAACACUUGAGUUCACGUACAGCAAUGGGGAAGCAAAAGUAAUUGAUACAACCAAACUGCCAGUAAUAAGAAAGAAAAUACGACCCAUCAAAAAGCAAGGAUUGUUUGAAUCUAGACGUCUGUGGGAACUGGUUACCAAUGCACUACAAGCUGGCAAUAUUAAUGCAGCAACUGAGAAUAAGCACAUUCUGGAGGAGCGGCAGAGAGCUGAGGAAAGGCAACGAACAGCAACAAACACUCUUUGGAAGCCAAAGUUUUUUCUAAAAGAGGGAGAUGGUUGGGUGUACUAUAAUCCCCUCUGGAAGACACACUGCUGAUAGGCUGACAGACUCAGUUCGGCCUUUACCACCUACCUCAGAUUUCCUCUGAUUUGCCACUUGUCAUCUGCAAAUAAUUCUGAGGUGAUGUUGAAAAGACAAAAAAAAAAACUGAAAAGCUAAAAAGUGACUACGC